AUGUCGCCAGUCCAAGUUCCCCGCCCUGCCUCCGAGGCGAUCGCCUCCGCCAUCGCCGCGCGCGACGCGACCAUUCCGCCAGAGUAUCUUCUGCCCAAGUCGUUCAAACUGCCCAAGAACCCGAGCGGCAUCCUCGAGUCGUCCGGGCUGCUCUCAGCGGGCGAGCUCGCGAUCGUCAACCUCGACGCGACGGGGCUCGCGGGCCAGAUUGCCAGCGGCACGGUCACCUCGGUGCAGGCCACCGCCGCGUACAUCAAGGCCGCGGCGCUCGCGCAGCAGGCGACCAACUGCCUCGUGGAGCUGUUCGCGGCUGAGGCACUCGAGCGCGCGGCCUUCCUCGACGCUGAGCUCGCUGCGGGGCGCAACCACGGCGCGUUCCACGGCGUGCCCGUCAGCAUCAAGGACCAUAUCGACGUCAAGGGGCACGACUCGCCCUCCGGCUUCCUCAGCUUUGUCGGCAAGAUGGUCGCCGAGGAGGACGCGCACCUCGUCCGUAUCCUGCGCGACGCCGGCGCAGUGUUCUACUGCAAGACGACCAACCCCCAGAGCCUGAUGCACCUCGAGACGGACAGCUACCUCGGCCUCACGAGCUGCCCGUUCAACACGGCGCUCUCGUCGGGCGGGAGCAGCGGCGGCGAGGGCGCGAUUAUCGGGUUUAGGGCCAGCCCGCUCGGCGUCGGCGCGGAUAUCGGCGGCAGUGUGCGCUCGCCAGCAGCCAACUGCGGGAUCUACUCGUUCAAGCCCAGCGUCGGCCGCCUGCCCAACAUGGGCAUGGUGUAUCCCAUCGGCCCGAAGGGCUACGAGGGCAUCCUGGGCACGCACGCGCCCAUGGGUCGCAGCGUGCGCGACAUGGAGCUGUACAUGCGCGUCUUUGCCGCGGCGCAGCCGUGGCUCCGCGAGCCUGGCGUCGAAGUCAAGCCCUGGCGCGAGGUCGAGCGCAAAGCCAAGCUGCGCAUCGGUGUUCUGUACGACGACGGAGUCGUGCGUCCCGUCGCUCCCGUGCGACGCGCACUCGACGUCGCGGUGGCCAAGCUCAAGGCGGCCGGGCACGACGUGGUCGAGUUCACGCCGUUCAAGUCGGCCGAGAACUGGAGCCUCAUUGUGGGUGACCAGUGCCGCGACGUGACACCCGCUGACAUAUCCCAGAGCAAGCUCUACUGGCCCGAGAAUGGCGCCAUGGUGCGCCGGCACCUCGCCAACUCUGGCGAGCCGAUGCGCCCCCUCACCGAGUGGAUCAUCUCGCAGGCAGGCAACAAGGAACGCACGUGGGCCGAGCUCACUGCGCUGGCCGCGCAGCGCGACUACUUCCGGUACGACUUCGGCGUGUACUGGCACCAGGCGGGGGUCGACGUCGUGCUCUCGCCCGUUGGGCCCACGCCGGCGCCGGAGCACGGCACAGCAAAGUACUGGAACUACACGUCGUACUGGAACUUGACGAAUUACCCUGCUGGCGUGUUCCCCACUGGCUUGUCCGUCGACCCCGCCCUCGACGCCGAGGACGGGUCGUACGCACCCCGAAAUGACUCCGAAACGUUCGUGUACGACAACUAUGACGCCGAGGUGUCGGUCGACGCGCCAAUCUGUCUCCAGGUCAUUGGGUUCCUCGGUCUCGAGGAGGAGACGUUGUCGGCCAUGGGAACGAUCGUGGACGUGGUUCAGAAGUAA